CUAUGCCCUCAACCAACAGAACCACAGUUUCCACAACAACUUCUACAACCCCAACAGACAGAACAACAGUCAACACAACAACUCCCGGAACCCCAACCAAUACAACUACAGUCAACACAACAACUCCUGCAACCCCAACCAAUACAAACACAGUCAACACCACAAUUUCUGCAACCUCAACCAACAUAACUACAGUAAACAAAACAAUUCCUGCAACCACAGCCAGUGGAACAUCAUCCACACCAGUUACAGGCAUUCAAGUGUUAAGCUUCUUACUGACAAUAACUGAAACUUUUGACUUUGCUCUCAACAAUCAAAGUAGUAACCAGUGGAAAACAUAUAAACAGAAAAUUGAGGCUUCCAUUGAUCUAAGUUACAGAAGUGUUUCUACCUACCAGGCCAACUCUGCAACAGUGACUGGCUUCAGGCCUGGCAGUGUGAUUGCGGAUUUCUAUAUUAAUGCAACAGGUGCUAACCCUAAUUUGGAAUCAGCCAACCAAGAACUUGUUAAACUUCUCCAAUUAGCUGGAUUUAUUGUGGACAAUAAUGCAAUCAGUAGAAGUGUAAAAGAUGGACUAUAUGAUGGCAGUGGCAAUAUAUAUCCUGGAACAAAUCUCAUACUGUUCUGCAAUGUUUCAUCAAGUAAUCCUGUAACAUGGACCUUAAAUGGAAACACCCUACAGCCUUCAAAGAAGUAUGUGAUUAACAGCCUUCAACUCACUGUGAACAAUGCCACUCCCAGUGACAGUGGUCAAUAUGCAUGCACAACUAUAGUAACCUCAAUGCCCUAUGUUAUCUGGCAAAGUGUUACAAUUCAGCCAUACCCAAAUUUCCAAGUGACCACUGAUAAAGUUGUAGAAUGUGCCGAUAUAGCACUCCCACUGCAGUGUUGUGUUCAGGAGAUUUAUCAAGUGAAUUGGAAUGUUGACCCUGCAGCUUGCAUCCAACCUUCAACAGUUUCACCAACAAGUUGCCUAUUAUGUAACUAUACAGUUAAUAAACAGAGCUGCCUGAAUAAUGACCAAGUAAUACAAGUCACAUGCCAGCUAACAAGACCAGUCAGUGGAGGUACUAACACAGAGAGCUUCACAAUUACUGUAACAAACAAAAAAUUUACAUGCUCUGAUAGUGUAUUUGGAGCUGGAAAGCCAGGACAGCAAAGCACUGGUAAAUGUGACACAAACAUGGUUGGCACUCAAGUGGCUGUAUGUGAACAGUCAGGCUUCUGGAACAUCACACAAAACAACUGUGUUCUGGGUGUCAUCCAAAGUUUAAAAAAUCAAGCUGAGAAUUUACAGAUAUCAGACAUCCCAAAAUUUAUUUCCAACUUGAGCAAUACUGCAACAUUACAGUCUCAAAAUAUUGUAGGCUUUCCAGCAACCAUAACAACUAUUGUACAAAUACUGGCAAUCAUUUCAAAUCUCUCACCCACAACUUUGAUCAGUGAAAUCAUUAUGAUGGAUGUCCUACAAACAGUUGACAUCGUUGGAUCAGUUGAUGCACAGCACACAUGGGAGUUUAUAAAUACAAACAAUGCAACCCUGAAAGCCAGUUCUGAACUUCUCAACUCAACUGAAAUCUUUGGACACAGACUCUCGGACAAAAGCUUCAACAUAACAACAAAAUUUACCUCUCUCAAUAAAGUUAACAUUACUUCAGCUUUUUUUGGAGAAUUUGGCAAAAACUUUACUACCCAAAUACGUUUUCCAGAUAUUAGAGAACCAACUUUGAUCACUUUGAUAAUUUCCUCAGCUUUUAAUAAUAUCUUACCUUCUCGAAAUCUGAACUACAAUGGCAGCAGUAUCAACGGAGAUGUAGUCCUGAUUAAGACAAGCUUAACAAUUAACAACAUCUCCCUUUCUUUUAAGGUAAAAAAUACGACGCUGGAAAAGCCUCAGUGUGUUUUUUGGAACUUUAAUCUUUUGAAUGACACUGGGGGGUGGGACUCAAAUGGAUGUCAACUAAAGUCAUUAGAGAAUGAAACUGAAAUAGUUACAUGUGAAUGCAAUCACACAACAUCUUUUUCAAUCCUGAUGUCACCCUUUUCCCUUGGUAAAGACUUAGCCAUAAUUUUAGACUAUAUAACUUACAUUGGCGUUGGCAUUUCGAUGGGCAGCUUGGUUUUGUGCCUCCUCAUUGAAAUCAUUAUAUGGAAAUUAGUGACAAGAAAUGACACAUCCUUCAUGCGGCAUGUCUUUGUAGUCAACAUUGCUUUCUCCCUACUGAUUGCAGACAUAUGCUUUAUCAUUGGAGCAGCGGUUGUUGACCGAGGUGAAGGUCCCUGCAUCACAGCUACAUUCUUCAUGCACUUCUUUUAUCUUGGCCUUUUCUUCUGGAUGUUUUUGUCAGCACUCUUGCUCCUCUACCGCACCCUUAUGGUUUUUUCCAAAAUGAGCAGAGGUGCAAUGAUGGCCAUAGCCUUUACUGUUGGCUAUGGAGCCCCAUUAAUCAUAGCUGUUAUUACUGUGGCAUCUACAGCUGGCAAAAAUGGAUAUAUUCAAACAAAUUACAAUUGUUGGCUAAACUGGAGUCAAACGAAGGCCCUCUUGGCAUUUGUGAUUCCUGCUCUGACUUUUGUAGCUAUAAACUUCCUGGCGCUUAUUGUGGUUCUUUGUAAAAUGUUGAGAAGAGGAGUUAAUGCUUUUACACUGCCAAAUGAGAAACAUCCUUUACUGGUCAUUGCCAGAUGUGUGGGGAUUUUAACACCUCUUUUUGGUCUAACGUGGGGAUUUGGAAUUGGGACCCUGGUGUCAUCGGAGUUUGGGAUUCAUGUGGUGUUCGCAUUUCUUAAUUCACUGCAGGGUUUCUUUAUUUUGCUGUUUGGGACAUUACUGGAUAGUAAGGUUCAAGAAGCAUUAGCAGGAAAGUUUUCAUUUAAGAUCUUGAGAUCUAACCCUACCAAGACCAUGAAUGCAGGACCAUCAUCCUCAAGUGGACUUCUUUCUAUUCUGAGGUUACGGAAGAGAUGUAUGUACAACAUGUCCCAGUCUGCGUCAUCGAGUGCGUCCUGUAACGCGGCC